GAUGAAACAGACCGAUGCGUCGCAGCCGCCGUCGCCGCUGCGGCGAGCGAGCUCGGAUGCUGCGUCUCUUCACAGUUGCGUGAUGUUGUCGCGGUAAGCUUGGCAGGGUGAUAAACGAUACCGCGGGCGGAUCGUGUCGCGAAUGUCGUCGACGCGUCGCGAAUCGCAGCUCAAAUGUCGAAACAACGGAGAGCCCGUUCCCGAUUCAAGGUGAUAACUCCACUUCGAUCGUUAGUUUUCUGUGGUGAAAAUAGACAAGACAUGGAAGAGUGGUUGAAUGCACUAAGAACAGCAGUGGAGAAUCGACCUCAGGGUGAUCCUGGAACUGCCGAGUUACUAGGAGGUAAUCAUCAAUGGUAUGCGACUAAUCAUGCCAGACCUACGUAUUGCAAUGUUUGCAGAGAUGCUCUGCAUGGGGUUACUUCCCAUGGUUUAAGUUGUGAAAUCUGUAAAUACAAAGUUCACAAAAGAUGUAGUGCAAAAGCAAUAAACAAUUGCAAGUGGACCACUUUAGCAUCCAUUGGAAAAGAUAUCAUUGAGGACCAAGAUGGGAACAUCACAAUGCCACAUCAGUGGAUGGAGGGAAAUUUACCAGUGUCCUCAAAAUGUUUUGUUUGUGAAAAGACAUGUGGCUCUGUACUUAGGCUUCAAGAUUGGCGGUGUCUAUGGUGCAGAGCAACUGUACACACAGCAUGCAGACCUGCCAUAAGUAUCAAGUGUCCAUUAGGACCAGCUAAACUCAGUGUAGUGCCUCCUACGGCUUUGCAUAGUAUAGGUAGUGAUGAAGCUUGGGAAGCUGUUAGACCUACGGGAUGCAGUCCACUUUUAGUAUUUGUAAACAGUAAAUCUGGUGACAAUCAAGGUGUUAAGUUUCUUAGGAGAUUUAAACAAUUACUGAAUCCCGCACAAGUGUUCGACCUUAUAAAAGGAGGACCAGGUCCAGGACUAAGACUGUUCCGUCACUUUGACCCGUUCCGGAUACUAGUGUGCAGUGGAGAUGGAUCGGUGGGAUGGGUGCUUUCGGAAAUCGAUCGACUUGGAAUGCACAAGCAAUGUCAGGUUGGAGUACUACCUUUAGGAACGGGAAAUGACUUAGCACGCGUAUUAGGCUGGGGAGCAUCGUGCGACGAUGACACGCAUUUACCUCAGCUAUUGGAAAAGUACGAAAAAGCGGGCACAAAGAUGUUGGAUCGAUGGAGCAUUAUGACGUAUGAACGCAGCAUAUCUCUGCCAUGUCACAAAGUGACUCUGCAUCAGCCCGAUCCGGCUAUAAAAUCGAGUGUAGCUCAUCAGUAUGAGGACAGCGUUCUUGCUCAUAUAACAAACAUUUUGCAAUCCGAUCAAGAGAGCGUAGUUAUAUCUAGUGCCAAAGUUUUAUGUGAAACAGUGAAAGAUUUUGCAACACACAUACUGGAAGCCAGUCUAAACACAGGGGACCAACAAUUGGGAGAAAAAUGCGAAACUCUUCACCAAAAACUUGACUUAUUAUUGCAGACAUUAUCAAAAGAGGAGAACUAUUUAUUUGAUAACGUAGAAGAAACUGACAUUGGCACUCUAAAUACUGAAACUUUGAACAGCAACCAAGAAAAAGGUGCUUUAGAAAAGCCAGAGAAGGAAAUGACGAAUUUAAAAAAAGUCAGAAAAAGAAAAUGUUAUAUGGAGAGAGACGUUGUGAUGUCUAGAGCAAACAGCUUGAAGAGAGCUAUCAGGAGAUUAGUGGAACAUACAGAAUCGGCCGUCGAUGAACAGAACGAUCCCUCGGAUGAGAAGCAAGGUAACAAGAUGCCAAAUAUUACUAUAACAUCCGAUAAUUCGUCGAUGAAUAUUGCAACAAAUAAUUUAGAUAAAAAGCAACAUUUGGAUAUUCCUGGCUUAUUACAAACAGACCAGACAUCCGACAAUAUCAGUUUAAUGCCAACUCUAGAAUCCUGUAGCAGUGUAGAGAUAUCACCUUGCCCGAGUCCUACUCCUAACGUGGCAUCUUUAAGCCCGAUGCCGGAUUUAAGAAGGGAUUCGCAACCAGAAGAAUUACUUACUCUCCCUGCGCCCGACGGUUUCGCUGAUAGCAGACGAAACAGCGAAAACAUACCACAAGGAGUUUUCAGUUUUGAUUCUCCCGCAGCACAGACUGCCGGCUGUCAACAAGAAGCGCAAAUAGCUGCUAUUAACAAUAAUUUCCUAUCGUCCGAACAUACGCAAAUAGAACCUGUCUCCGACAUUCCAAUCACCGUGACAAAGACCACUUUAGACACAAGUACACCAUCAGACGACGCGACCACCAUACAAGACACUAUCGUUUCUCCUGACACAGAUUCGCUUCAUUCUAGAAAUAUCUCGCCACAGCACGCGCAAAAAUCCGCGAAAGUCAAACUGGAAAGAGGUAGCUGUACUAAUAGCAUCAUUAGUACAGACAGUAUGGUUUCUGAAACAUUGGAUUCCAGAAGUUACACCAUUCGAAAUAGCGAAAGUGAAAUCGGACAUAUAGACAGUGAUAUAUUUGAUUCCACCAAGAGAUCGGAAAGUUCGGAGAUUGGGCACAUUGACUCGCCGGAUAAUUCCGACAAACUUUCUACGGAGACACAACAUUCGGAAAGUGGCUUAGAGGAUUUGAGCUCCCUUGGACAGGACGUGAUCAGCGCGACAAUGGGCGAGAAAUACGAUUCUGUUAGAGAGGGCUUAGAAAUCGAGGAAUCGCGAAGAUCUUGCGGUUUAGCUCAAUUCAAUGAAGGGAAUGACAUUGCAAGGCAGUCUUUCAAGACGAGAAAUAUAAAAAUGGAUAAAGAGCAGGGAAUGCUAAAUAAAUAUAAAAUUGACGGUUUGACGACAUGCGUACGUGUGUCGGGAACUAAAUCGCUGCAACCUAUUGAAACGAAUAUAGUAUCUGCCAAUCCGCCAUUUGAUAAUGUUGAAAAAGAGAAAGUGUCUGAUUUGCUAAGUCCAGUAUGCUGCUUUACCGUCUUGUCGGACAACACGCAGGCCAACGAGAAAUGUUCUAUAAACUUUCCACCACAGAUUAGCGUUAUCGUUGAUCCACCAAGUCCGUCGUUGUCGAUUGAAAGCCAUCAGAAACUUAAUUUGAAUUACAACCUAGAUCCACAUGAUAAACAAUACAGUAGCGGCAGUAGUAUGGAGAGAUUAAGCGUGGAACUGCCCGAAUCGGGUUUUUCUCCGCAAGCUACACGGCGUAUCAGUAGCGGCAGCUUGUUGAAAGCAACGGAAGUUGUGACAUUGGCAGCUACUACUGCUCGUCUAGGUGGUUCGAGCAUGAGCUUGCGUCACGAAAGAGCAAAAUCUGUCGACAAAACGGAGGAUGUGAAGAAACUUCCAAUAAUAAAUCCUCUAGUUCGAUUGCCAAUGUGGCCAAAUGUGAGCGGUGGAGCUGGCCUUAUCAGUCAAGCGUUACUGGCAAACGCGGAUGCUCUGUGUGCAGCAGUAUCGCCAUUAAUGGAUCCGGAUGAAUCAUUAAUGGAGGGCUACUUUGAACGAUGUGUCAUGAACAAUUAUUUUGGAAUUGGCAUAGAUGCAAAAAUCAGUCUCGAUUUUCACAAUAAGAGGGAAGAGCAUCCUGAAAAAUGUCGGUCGCGCGCUAAAAAUUAUAUGUGGUAUGGCGUCUUGGGAUCUAAACAAUGGCUACAAAAAACUUAUAAGAAUCUUGAGCAAAGAGUGCAAUUGGAAUGCGAUGGUCAAAGGAUACCGUUACCUUCUUUACAAGGAAUCGUUGUGCUAAAUAUACCAAGCUUUAUGGGCGGUACGAACUUUUGGGGUGGUACGAAGGAAGGAGAUUUAUUUUUGGCACCGUCAUUUGACGAUCGCAUACUGGAAGUGGUAGCGGUCUUUGGGUCCGUUCAAAUGGCCGCUUCGCGACUUAUUAACUUGCAACAUCAUAGAAUAGCUCAGUGCCAGACGGUCCAGAUUAACAUCCUAGGGGAGGAAGGUGUUCCGAUACAGGUCGAUGGUGAGGCUUGGGUUCAACCACCCGGUAUUAUAAGGAUUAUACAUAAAAAUCGCAUGCAAAUGCUUUAUAGAAAUAGGGCGCUUGAAACUUCGUUAAGAGCAUGGGAAGAGAAGCAGCGCAACACGUUAAGCGCCGUAACUCAAUCCACUUCUACUCUAAGCAGUACAUCGCAAUCGCAAUCCAAAGCGCAUUUGCCGAUAUGUAAUAAACCGCCUCAGUUGAACGAUGAAGAACUCAUUAUUCUAUUCAAUUUUAUUGAAGCAGUGACGACCCUUGUUAAGUGGGUAAAAUUAUUGAUUAUAUCUCAUCCGAGCCUCGAGCCAGAUCUGUAUCAAGUCGCCUUGCGUACAGCAAAUGCGCUUGAACAAGUGCAUCCGGACGGUAAAAUCUUACAAGGGACGAGGUUGAGACCUAUGGUAACUGAAUUGGUAUCAAGUGCGAGACAAUUAUAUGAAGAAUCUUGCGAGUUGCUACGUGAUAAAGCUCACAAUUUGGUGGGUAUGAGAUUACGAGAGGAUUUGGAAAACAAGCUAUCUAUAUCUUUAGCUAAUAUGGAACAAGAAUUACGAAAAUGUACUUUUGAUGAAAGAGGGACAGGACUGGUUUACUUGCAAAACGCUCCCGCAGACGAUCAGGGAGAUAAAAAAAAUCGUCAUCGAGGGUUGUUCUGGUUAAAGUUCCGUCGUUUCGCCGGCAACUCGGGCGCCGUGGGUCAUCCGGCGCGAGAUCAAGUUACUACAUGGGACGUACAGGAGGUGUGCACCUGGUUAGAGAAUCUGCAAUUGGGAGAGUACGCCGACAGAUUCGUGUCCCACGACAUACGCGGCAGGGAACUGCUAACGCUAGCCCGUCGUGAUCUAAAAGAGCUGGGCAUCACCAAGGUGGGGCACGUUAAACGCAUCUUGCAAGCCAUCAAUGACCUCAACAAUUGAAUUUACGAGUUACGUUCACAUAGAGACGUUAAGUUUUACACGUUCCGAAGCCAAAAACAGGAUUGCGUAAGUAAUUAUAUAGAUAUCUAGAUAGUGUUUGACACAGUAGCAAAAGAGAGUAUCUUCAACGCAUCAUUCCAAACUAUAUGCAACUAUAAUAAAUCGAUAACAGAGAAGAUAAAAUUUAGAAUUACAUGUUUGACAAAAAGAGCUUUCAUAAUAAUUCGUAGAACAAGAUAGAUAGAUUAUUAUAUUCUUACCCUAAAACGUUAAUUAAAAUAUGCAAUUUCCGAUACGCGAAUGAUACUAAAAUAUUAAAAUAUUUAAAAAAAAGACAAUGUUAAGCGAUAAAAAUUACGAUAGAAUUGUAUCCUUUAACAUUGUCGUAGAAGAAAAUCACUUUUUGCCUGUGCCAAAUAUUUACUUUAUACUUAAAAUUAUGAUAAAAGGAAGCAAAAAAAUGAAUUUGUUGUCUCAUCGACAAAUUUAUAGCGCAAUUCUAUUUAUAUAUACACACACACACACACGCACACAGAUGCACACACAUAUAUAUAUAUAUACAUAUAUAUAGUACAAAAUAUGAAAUAUGUCACAUCUCCCAAGGGGAUGAAUUUUCCCUUCACUCUCUCUUACUGAGGUAAGACGAAUCCAUGACGAAAAAGAUUCCGUAUAAACUACACACAUAUAUACGGAAUAGAUAAUUCUUGUAAAAUAGUAAUUUUUUUACAUUACGGACUAUCCUAGAAUAAAAAAAUUUACAACAUCUCGGGCAUACAUAUAUUUAACAACUAUUGCGUGUAUUUCGUUCGAAAUUCAUCUUACGCGGCAUAAGUAUCUUAAACCUGCGAGUACUACAUUCUUGAAGAAGCGUUUCCUAUUAUCUCUGACGUAGAAAAAUUAAUUAUUUAACAUGUGUAAUUUUUAAUUCUUUUGGUUUAUUCUGAUUGUCUUUUAUAUAUAAUAUAAAGUCGAGCUUUGUCGAGCUACCGAUGUAGUGUGCAAUAUAAAUAUAUACGGAUGUAUAGAUAUCUUGUAAUUAUAUACACAGAUUUGUGACUUUUUCGAUUGUUUGAUGAUGUUAAUAAUUAGUUUGAAAAGCAAUGUCUGGGCCAAGAUGCAUAUGAAAGUGAUUCUACAUAUAUCUUCUCUUAUGGCAAUAAACACGAUAAUUAAGAAAAGACCUAGAGAUGCAAAAUGCACACAUUAUAGUAGUUUUAACAACAUUAUUAAAUGUAUAUGAUACAUAAAAAUACUUUCUUCUUCCGGGUUUGUAGGUAACAACUUGCAGAUAGCUUUUGCUUGUGAACUUCUUGCCUUAUAAAGCUAGUCUUCAUUUUCUUACGCAUAUAAUCUCAGUUAUAAAUAUUUAUCUAUUUUUAUAUAAUUAUUUUUAAACGUAACGUAUACAUAUAUAACCACUGUGCUAUCAUUUGCAUAAUCUUCUAUCAGCAAUAAUCAAAUAUUUUGCUAUUGAUAAAGGAGAUGUAAUUUUUUUGUUACGUUAAUAGCCGUUUUUUUUUUAUUCAUUUUUUGUUUUGUUAUUCUGUAAUAAUCGAAGAAUCUCGAUUAUUAUACUUCUUAUAUACAGAGAGUAAUUCUCACAGAUGAGCAUAUUUAGUUUAUGCGAUAAAACAUGUCAUUAACAUAAAAGUAAAUAGAAAGUAAAACUCGAUUAACUGACAAACUUAAAACAAAGUAGAAUCAAACUGUGAGUACACACUAAAAACAAUUACGCAGAGAUAAAUAUAAAUUAUUGUAAUACAGAGAAAAUAUAAAUUCUUUAUUGACAAUGUUCAACUACAAAUUCGCCACAGGUCUGAUAUUAACGCACUACGAUUCACUUAUCUUUCUCUUUUAUAUAAUAACUUGUAAUAUAAAACAUGUUAACGGAUUUAAAACCAAGUUAUUUACGAGUUAACAAAAUUUUCUUUACAUUCCAAUACAUAUAUCUAAAAGGACAAAAGUGCCUACUCUAGAUUCACUAAUCUUACAUACAGACAAGGAAUACAGUCAUAUAUACUGUUACAUGUACUGUAUAUGAAUGAUAUGGCAUUAAUUGCGUAUUAUGCUUUUUUUAUUGUUAUUUUAGAAAUACGAAACUUCGCUAACGCGCAAUAUUUAUACAUAUACAUAUAUAUCUAUAUAUAAAAAUAUUUUUUUUAUAUAACUAUACAAAAUUUACGUCGUUACAGUCAUGCAACAAAACUUCGCAUCUUAAUAGAUAACAUUGUUGCAAUACAAUAAUGUAAUGCAGUAUUAUGUAGGAUAAUAUUACAUUCGAUGAUUUUUAAUUUAUACAAUCUAAUACCUUUUUGCGAAAGGGGGGGAGAAAAAUUAAAAAUUUUAAUCGAAAUUAUAACGUUUAAAUAUAAUAUUAUAACACUGAACUUUAUAUAAUUGAAUUAUUUCGUUAUAAUAUAUAUCUUCUAGAGAUAAUUUAUUGAACGUCUAAAAAAAAUCAAUUUAAAAAAUAAUAUAAAUAAAAUUAAUAAAUUAGAGAUAACAUUCAUGUCUCCUUAAAAUUGAUCUUUUGAAUAAUCUCCAUGUUUAUUUAUAUAAUACUUGUCAAUUCUUAUUACUUAGUCUUCUACUACUUUUUAAAUCUAGAGAUAAUUCUGUAAAUGUUAUCUUGUGUAUAUUCGUCGGAGAUAUUUUCUGUAGUAAAAUUUCUAAUAUACAGAAUUGACAAUCUCUCUCGUAUUAUCGUGUAUAAUACGCACGAAAAUAUAUUGUUGUAAGAUAUUCCUUUCCAAAAUAAUGAAUACACACAUACACACAUAUUGUUGUUUUGUAUACUUAUUAAAAUAAAAUAUUUAAUAACAUACAUACCUCACAAUUUAAAACAUUGGAAAGGUAUGUUACAUAAAAACGAAUGUAUUUAAUCGUAUUCAAUUAUUGUUCCUAGAAAAAAAUAUACCAUUUUACUAUAUUAUUAAUAAUGUAUAUGUAAUCAAAGUAAGUAAUAGUAAGUCUCUUUGAAGGAAGUUGGAGAAGAAUAGUAUUCGUAGUUUUCUAGAAAUCACGCGCAUCAUAUUUUUCGAUUUUUUUUUUCACACUUGAGAUGUAUUAUAUGAUUUUGAAAGCAUUUUACUCUUUUGUAUCUGUGAUAAAUUUUGUGUAGCUGCUUAAUCUUCUAAUGCAAAAAAAUGUGUUAUUAUAACAAGUAAUUAUAAAUAUGUAUUCAUACAGUGAAUUGUUCCUUUAUUGCUUCAAUCGGAUGUACUAAUUUUUUUUGUUUCCUUUUUAUACAUAACUAUUUUGGCUUAAUUAAAUAAUAUCUUUGAAACGUGCAUAUAAAA